AUGUCUGCUGUCGAAUACAACAGUUUACUCUUCGAAAUAAGCCAGAGGCUAGACGACCUAGAUGUAGGCAGGAAGUUAUUAGUUAUGUGCAGAGGAAAGGUGGCGCACCGCAACGAAGAAAAUAUGCAGGAUGUCCAUGUCUUCUCGUUGUUUGAAGAAUUAGAGCAGAAUGGCUUUCUUGGGCCUGACAAGUUAACAACUUUGAAAGAUCUGUUGAAGGGCUUGAAAGAAUGGUCUCUUUUCGGACAUGUCAAAACAUUUGAAAUUAAACGAAAAGAAUAUAACUGCCUGCUGGAGAGAAUCAUUCUUGAUCUCGACCAACUCGAUUGUCUCGAACAACUUGUCGCCAUUUGCGGUGAUAGGAUACCGGAAGAGAGACAUGGCAGCAUACAAGAUGUUAGAUCACUUUUCAAGGAACUAGAAAUCAAUGACUCUUUGGGGAUUGACCAGCUGGAGGUCCUGAAGGAGAUUUUGACGCAAAAGGUAAAAACCGAUCUACUUCAGAAAGUGGUGGAGCUUGAAGAAAGAAGAAAUCAAGAGGAUGAAUUUGAAUGGCGAAAAGGUACCAUACAGAUUUCCUUUCUAAAACCCUUUAGCUAGUGGGUCUUUCCCUAUGGCCCUUUAUAAUGGUUUUUGUCGAUUGUGAUAUAUAUAUAUAUAUAUUUUUUGCUUUUCCUUUUUAGACCUGUUCUAGGGCCAUUCUCGUUCUCAAAUGAAUGUAAACUGACUAAGUAAUCACGAUUAUUUCAUUUCAGCACAAGCAGCUGCGAUUGCGUCGUCGGCUAGCAGCAAUUUAGCGGGAGGUAAGUUUUGACACCUAAAGGGGCUAAACUACUUCCCAUUAGAAACAUCGUGGAUCUGUUAACUCUAAAUUUGUGAAGUAAUGAUAAACAUAACUCUAAAAAUAUAAAGGAAACAUUAACCCACGGACGUAUGACGAGCCAAUCGAGUCACGCAGCAUUGACUAAGUAUUAUGGGUUUUGUUUUACAAAGGAGACGCCGCGCACAGAAAAUCCUGAUAUAAAAUGUUAAUUCACGAUGUCUUUUCACAUGUUAUUAUACUCUCUGGACGGCCCUGUUUCCUUAAAUGAAAGAGGGAUGGACUCAUUCACACCUAGUCCCUUAGAUCGCAGACAAUUGCGAAGUGUAAUGCAAGAGUUCUUGUCUUUUCAUUUAAUAAUGAGACAUGAUGAGAAGUACGUAUAUAUUUAUGUGUCAGUGAUCAUUAUUAUUAUCAUUAGCAAUUGCGGUAUGAGCUUUAGCAUGAUCUGAAAUGCACAGUCUUCAGCGCUGUGUUAUUCAUCAGAUCAUGCGGAAGCCGAAUCCAAGAAUUGUUUUAUUAUUCUAUCAAAAUAGUAUCAUCUUACAAUUGAAGCCCGUCUUAGUUCAUACUGUUCCUCAGCAAAUUCAGCACACUAAAGGAUGAUAUUUAGUCUAGCAGCUAAUCGUCAUAUAGUAGUUGCCAUCCGUCGCGUUAUAUUUUGCCCUUUUCGUUAUCUUUUAAGCAGAAGCUCGGUUAUUUUAAAAGGUUAAAAAAUGGUUUAAAGGUUUGGCUAUAGUGGCAAGUGCACUUAGCUUAUAACAGGGGCACCCAACGACAAUUUUCAGAAAAUAUCUGUUCGGAAGACGAUUUGAGAUCUAGAAUUUUCGGAACAUUUGUUGUCACCUAGAAUUUUCGGGAGCCUUUUUUCUGGCUGAAAGUUUCGAAAAGGUAAGUUUUGAUCCCUAUAAUUUUCGGAGCACUAGACUUUCAGCUAGGAAAUCCGAACAGAUGAAAAAUUUUUAGGAGAUGAAAAUAUGCCUAUAUCUACCGUUUAAAUACUAAAAUACAUUUAACAAUGCUAUGUUUAAGUGGUUUUGAACUAAAUUCUCGUUGGGUGCCCCUCUUAUAAUGCAACUAGUUUACCGUAGGCACUCCACUCAAAUACUUACACACAAAUAAUUCAAAUUGCUGGUUUUCAGUGUCACGCCAUUCAAAAUAGAUCAAAAUAACAAUCAAACCGUUGAAUAGAUAAAGUCCAGAAUCUGGGAAAUGAAAGGAGGCACAUAUACUAAGACCCUCGCCAAAAUUCAGGUCAGAGGAAUAUUUCGUAUACGAGAUAUCCGAAGAAAUGUUUUAUCCAAACUUAUAGAGAUUUGUAUGGAGACGCCAUGCUGGUGCUCACCUGUAUGAGCUCCAACAUGGCGGACGGAAACCAACAGAAACAUCUGUUACCGAGUUUUGCUACAAAAGCGUGAAUUUAAUUAAUACUUUAAAUUAAUACUUCCUCUAAUACAUGAACUGUUUAAAUAGCAAAAUAUCCUGAAAUAUGUCAUUUUUUUAACCUACAUAACAGCUCUCUUGGCCGUCAUGUAACUGCCGCGUCACACAAAAGCUUAGAAAUUCAAGCGUACUCAUCUAUCACAAAACCAAGAACCCUUUUGAAGCGAAAAUUUGUAUGAAAUAUAGUUUUCAGCUGCUCUAAUGCAUCGUGAAAGUAAAAUCCCGGUAGGAUCGAUAUCUUUUCUACCGCUGGAUUGCGAGUCCGACGCGAGUCCGACGCGCUGACCACCCGGCCACGCUGCCUCCUCUACUUUAAAAACGUAACGCAACCUCGUCCAGAUGGUUUCCUCGGUUAUCGUCCAUUUUUUUUGUCGUUAUCCUGUCCUUUUCACGUCAUUGGCACUGAAUUUUUCCAACGUGUCCCAAAUUUGGUCAACCCUCGCCUAUUAUGAAAAAUUAUAAAAUAUUUCUACGUUUCUGAUUGGCUCAAAUCCUACGGGCCUCAUAAUCUACAAGCCUUGACCAAAUUUGGAAGAAGUGUGCGUAUAAUUUGAAACUGAGAGUGUAAAAUAAUCCGCAGGGGCCUAGCACCCUCAACGACUAGGGUCUGCAUACCGUAAUUCUUUAGAUCAUACCCGGCCUCAUCCAUUAACUGGUAAUCAUCAUUAUUAUCAUGCCAUUAAAGGGACAUUACCCCGUUACAGAGCAUGCACCAAACUUUGAUCUUUGGACAGGAUGUCGCGAAAUCAAGAGAUGCGAGGAGAGUAAGAGAACCUUGAAAAAUCCCUUUGCAUCGCGCUUGGCCGAGUUCGAUACUACACUAAAACUUCUCAGGAUUACAGAUCAAUGAUAUAUUGUUCCCGUUGAGUUUCGAUUUGGGCGAAAUAGGGAUUUUUUUGCCUGCGUCGUAGACGCUCCAAACUUUCUGUAUAGAGCGUCUGCGAAUUAGUGCACAACAUCGUUUUCCAAUCCCGCAGAGUCGCAAGGACAUAUGUCGGCGGUUUUGAUUGGCUAGUUUCUUACGCAGUUGUGAUUAGUCCCAUUUGAAUUAAGUGUUGACAGGCCAAACAUGACUCAGCUCGUGACAAGACAGACUGAGCUCGUGAUAGUGUGUAACGUGUCCCUAGCAGGGUUGGAUCCAGGAUUUUACAUGAGUGAUUUGCACCAACUUAACUAGGGGGAUUUGGGGGUGUGGAUUAUCGUGCCCCGGGCGCGAUAAGAAAUCGCGACCCUCCAAAUACUAGAUCGGACGUUCCAACCACUGAACCACCAGUGGGAAUUUUUCGUACAGAAGGAGGUGCUGUUUAUGUGUCUGAAUGGCUUGGGGUGCUCUCAGAAUGCAGGAAAAUUGCAUUCUGAGAGCACUAAAUUUCAAAUGACUCAACAUACCGUAAAAUAAAAGUUGAAAAUACCAUAUUAAGGUUUCUUCCACUUAAAUAUUCUGCUACUUGAACAGAGAAUCGCAAAAAUUAGUUCCCACCAGAAAUUUCAGUCAUCUCGAACCGCAAAAAUUUGUUCCCCCAAACCACAAAAAAUCGCCAAUCCGCAAAAUAAAACUCCCGCAAAAUUUUCAUGCUACACGGUUUGUCCUUGCGACUCCGCAGCAUAUUAGAACGAGCUUUUGUGCACUAAUCCCCAGACGGACUAUACAAAUGGUUUAGACGGGUGCGUGGGCCGGCUGCAACGCAGGCUAGGAUUUUUUGGAGUUACUUUUAUUGACGUUGGCCAGAGGACCAAACGAUGUGAAGCGCCUUGAUGCCGAUUGAAGGCUUAUUUCUUCUUCCAGCUUCCAUACAAGCUCAGAUAGUUGUGAACGGAAUACGCAGAAAAGAAACAGCAACAAUAGAGACUGUAAGAAAGAAACCAUUGACACGUGGAAGUGACUGAGGGGAUCUUGGGGAAUUAAGCUUCGCGAAACAGAAUGUUUUGCAACGACGCGUUAGUAAACUUUUAAAUGAACCGCUCUACAGCCGACAAAAUCAAACAAACAGGCGCUACAUGUUUAGAAAAACUAGUGCAAUGAAAUCAUAAUAUAGUUUUUGACUAACCUUUGCGAUAAUUCAUUGCGCUGAGAUUGCAUUUUUAUUUAUAUCUUUCAGACGCUUGAGGCUAGAACGCGAGAAAUCAGGCAAAUAUUACUGGACUUCGAACAAUUGACCUCUGACACGAGUUUCACAUUAGAAAAGCUGUUUUUAAAGGAAGCGGAACGACAUUUUUGGGUCGCGAGGCGGCCCUGCUAGCGACAAAAUCGCGAUAAAUAAGACGAAAAACUUCUUCGAAGUCUAAAAUAUUACUUGAGAAUUUAAACCACAAAUCUCCGUCGACGGUGCGGUCCGGAAGGAAAUCUUGUCGAGUCAAUAUAACGGUUCUAUUGUCUUUUAAAGAAACAACAGAUGAGGCUCGCGCGUGCGCACAAUCGGGACACUGUCCCUUUAAUGUUAACCGCCGUUAAGAACCAGCAACUUGUCUUUUUAUUAUUCCUUGUUCCAGCACAAUCUUUCGUGACUAUCUGACUCCAGUCUCUUUUUCAAGCCUGUUAUUGCCAUAAACCAAGUCCUUAUUCUGAUUCUCAUAGCGGUUAUCAUUGCUGAUGCUUCAUCGGCUUGAAUUUGAUUUUAAUUGUAUAUUCUUUGAUUUUCAGUCCUGAACAUAAAAACAGUGUUCAAAGUGGCUGCAGGGGGUGCAUUUAUAGCUUCUGCCUAUCAGCUGUUGAGGCGUGGCUGUACAUAUGAUCAGUUGGUAACUGCUGUUAGUACCUGCGUUCUUCCAGCUGGCGUUCAACUGAUACACAUAGCUGAGGGGAGCGUUAUUCUAAAAGUUCAAGCUGAAGACAUUUUAGCUCUUGACACCUUGUGGAGUUCAUACACUGACGGAACGCUUAGAAAAUCCCUGCAAGCCUUAUUUAUCACAGACGAAAUGAGAGAACUUGCUGAUGGAGAGCAGUUGGAAGUUUCUGUCACCAUUGAGCAAGAAGAAUAUGAGAAAGCACGUAAAGAGUUAAUUAAUGAAGCAGAAGGUGAAUUGAUCUCAUAAAUGUUUUUUCUCUGCAGUUUCAAUAUGCGCGUUGAUGCCAAUCCACCUAUUACUUUUCUUAAGUACAAAGUCGUAUUGAUAAUAUAAUCUUUUUUCUAUCUUAAUAUUUAUUGCCGAGGGAAAUGCAAACGUGUUGGGAAUUUUUAUUACAAAUUUCAUAGAAUCGGCGGAUGGCUAGUCGCUAGGGAAUGGUGACUUAUUGCUAAACUGCUUCAAGGUAGCAGUUAGGCUGAACAAUAUUAUUCGUUGUUUUUCUUUCACAAAACAUUUUGGCCUUUUUCGUGGAUUAUCUUAACCUUAAAAGCCCCCCACCCCCUCCAGGUGCGGAUCUAAGAUAAAUACUGACCGUUUUCCUAAUCGAGCGUCGAAGGCGUAAGCUUCUAGUGGGGUCCGAGGGCACGAACCCCCGCGAAAUGUUUCUGAAAUUUUACUCCUUAAAUUAACCUUUCCUGGGUUUCUGAGUCAUUCAGUCAGGAUGUUGGUCAGAUUUUAACUUGGAAGUUUUUUUCGUGAAAAAUUUUUCUAUGAAAACUCUGACCGAUUUUCGUAAAACGUAGGAAACCGGUGUGGAUCCGCGCCUGCUCUCCCCCACCCUCAAAGCCCUAACAUGUUUCAGCAUUCUUACUUUCACGUUAAUUAAAAGAUACAGAUUUAAUUUUUAUAUCUGUAUUUUUGAUACCAUAUUUAUUUCAGAUGAACCUGAGGGUCAGGAAGAGAGGCAACGUUAUUACCUUGCUCAGGAAAAACUGUCCUACAUUACGAAUUACUUAGAGCAAACCAAGGAUACAGAUGUAUACAGUGAAUCUACAGACGACGACAGUGGAAAGCCAGGAUCGAGUAGCGCACCAUCUGAAUUUGGAUUUGAAGAAACCAGCGGUAUGACUGUGAAUUAGUCAAUAAGAAUUCCAAGCAUACCCAAGCCCCCCACACCUCCCCUCUGGUCAUUUGUCACGUUGAGCGUUUCCACGGCAGGCUUUUGUCUUGAAGGAUCUGAUAAGGGAAAUUCCAUCGGGAUCAAUAGAUCGUUUUCACUUGACGUCAACACAAUGGAACAGCGACCAUGUUGGUGUACUGAGAAAAUCCCGUGGAGGUUGAACUCUUUUCUAAUGAAAAACUUUAUUUCUUUUGUUCCAACAAAUUUGCACAGCUGCUGACCACGUAAGAGAAAACGAUUUAUAAGCCAGUUUCGAUUUUUUAAAAUUUCUACUUGGCUGCGAGGCUGAGGGAUGAAAGAAAAGAAAGCGUACUGAAAUUCAGUGAUAAAUAAAACAUUCUUUUGUUGAAUUCUAUUUAGCCUCGUAGCCAUGUGGGAAUUUUGAUAACAUUUAUGGUCUAGCUUAGCAAGCGCCUUAACAGAAAUACGCAAUGUAGCAGAGCUCAAGCAAAGAGCGUCCCUUAAAAGUUAGUGAAAUAUCAUCACUCUAUCCGUCCCUCCAUUAUUUUCUCAUAGUCUCCUGAAUGCAUACUCCUGAAAUCAAUUCACACUGUUAGUGACCGUUCCGUUCAAAUCGAUAUCUAUAUUUUUAGGACACUGAAGUCAACAGUUCUUAAUCUGAUUCAGAUUUCUUAAUUUGUUUUUGUCAUGUAUUUGUAGAUUAUUCUACCACCAAACUGUGCUUGAAAGAUCUCAGUAAAGAAGUGACUGAGGAACUAACUUUCAGGCUUAAAAGGAACAAAGAUAUUCAAAACCAAUUUUACCGGUCUUUUGGGCUUCAUCUGGAUUUACCUUACGACGAGCUGACGAACAUCAGAAAUAUUUUCCCUGAUACCCCGGUCAAAAUGCUAAAGGAAGUUUUUGAGGCGCUACAGCUGUUUGACUUUGCAGAACUCUUAGAGAAAGCAACCAAACCACGGACACUUCGUCCUGCUCUUCCGCUAAAAGAAAUUGAAAAGUUAUCGAAUGUCAGUAACCGUCCAACAAAGGUUUACAGUAAAGCAGAGGUUUUAAUAAUUGAGUUAUGUGAAGGUCCUCAAACUGCCGCAGAUAAUGAUCGAAAUGAUGCAGAAAGAGUUGGAUCAUUUUUUAAAGCCCUGAAUUCACAGAACGAAAUAACUACGUUGACCUCAAAUCACUUGAAGAAAUCUCUUGUAGAACUGGAUUACUUAGUGAAAGUCAAGAAAGAAGAAGAAACAAUUGACAGACGAGAAGGAGAAAGGGAAAAGUACCUAAAAACACUUCUCGAGAACAAAAUCCCAGAAAGUCGUAAGAAAGAACAGACUAGGAAAGAAAGAAGAUUGAGAACGAGACCUAUCGGUCCAGGUUUUCGGCCCCUUGGGCGUAAACCUGUGCUGGAGAAAGAAGAAGCAGGAAUAGGGCGGCUAGAGGGAAGAUUGGUCCCAAACACGGAUGAGAGAUUGUUGAGUUCGUUCUACGAAGAGGAGCCUGCACUGAAGAAAAAACUGAACGAGCUGACAGAAAGCAGAAAAAAAUGGAACAACGAAAGAAAGCCAUCGAUCGAGAAGCAGAUACAGGAGAAGGAGGAAGAACUACAAAAUGAGACUGAGAAACUGGAAAUAGGUGUUUCAGCUGUCAUCGACAAAUGGGCCGCAAAACUACACGCAAAUCAUCAAGGUUCGAUAUCAUACACCUUG